UAGAUCCGCCCAUACACCUGUUUCUUCUUCUUCCCGGAUGCGCUCCUUAGUAUCCCCUAGAAGAAAAAUUAUACUCUACUAAGGGAUGUAGAGUAUAUAUCAGAUUGAGAAAAGAACACAAGUAGCCUGUAUCCAUCUUGAAACUCGUUAUGCCAUCCGUCUAAACCUCGUCGGCACUUAACACCCCUAUCGCUAACCAGCCUGUCCGCUCCAUAUACUUCACCCGAUUAGGUACACAACAACCAACAGCAACUAACUACCACUCCAAAAGAAAUUAAAAAAAAAAAAAAAAUGGCCGAAUACGCGGCGGCAGCCAUAAGUGCCAUAACGGCAUCAGCGGCCAUCGUCAGCAGCUCGACGGCGCAUAGGCAACAGAUAUACCGGGGCUACAACGCCAUCGAAAACCCGCCGUGGCAGCGCCGUCCCCCCUUCACAAGUAUGUCUCCCCGCCGCUUCAACGCUUACUACGGCUGCGAAUACGGCCAGCCGCUGUACUACCCCUCCGGACUACACGAGCACCUCGUGCACCACACCGAGUGUCCGGCCUCGCAGUGCCACUACCAAGCUUUCUUAAUAGACUCCAUCCAGCGGUACAACGCAUCCCGGCUCGCCCUCCGCGAGACCUACGUCUGGAACCUGCGGGAGCUAGCGCGCGUGCACGCGUCGCAGCCGCGCAAGCCCGACGCGGAGAAGCACGCCGAGGCCGAGCGCCUGUACGCGUACUACGUCUCGCGCGUGCGCGACGUCUUCGAGGAGCACCGCUACGACCACCGCCGCCUCCUCGGCCAGGACUACCUGUACUGGACCCAGCCCGACCGCGAGCACGACCACGUCCGCCGCCUCCUGCUGCUGCCUUUCCGCGCCGUCUCGAGGAGCAGGAGCAGGAGCAGGAUCGCGAGUCUGGUCGAGGAGCAUCCUAGCGACGACGCGGGUGCGAGGAAUAGCGGUGGUACUUGCGACGCGCUGGGGACUGCUGGGACCUCUAAUACCACCGCGGCCGCUAUUCAGGAAGUGCGGGAAGAAAACGAAGAAGAAGAAAACUCGGAAUGCACGGAGAUUUCGGUGGAAAGCAACACGAAAGAGAAAAGAAGAGUAGCAUAAACUUCCUUUUUUUUUUCUAUCUGCUUUUGGGGCCAUACCAUUAAAACAACGCCUCCGUAACAAAUAUGCCAAAUCUUGGCAUCUAGGAGUAGACGGGGCCAGUGGAAAAGGGAAAUUCUAUGGACCUAAGAUAGACAAGUCUACCUAAAGGAGGUAGCUAGCUAGGUAGCUAUCUGGUAUAGGUAGCUCGGUGGUGGAGGCAAUGGGAGUAGUACAAAAA